AUGAGGUUUCUUCCGGGGCAGGAAGUCGAGAUCGCCAGCAAAGAAGAGGGGUUCUUGGGCUCUUACUACGCGGCGAUUAUAGUGACUUACAUUGAGAACGAGUUCUACCUAGUUCAGUACAAGGAGCUGUUGAAGGAAGACGAGUCGGGUCCUCUGAGAGAGGUCGUCCAAGGCGUGGAUAUCCGCCCCACCCCGCCUGCGAAGUCGUUCCCGAUGGCUGCCGGAUUCACGGUGCUCGACAGGGUCGAUGCGCUUUACAACGACGGGUGGUGGACAGGGAUGAUAACCGGCAAAGAAGGGUCGAGGUUCGUCGUGCAUUUCGAGGACAGCGGAGAGGAGCUUGCUUUCUCAGAUUCUGAAAUGAGGAUGCACCUGGAGUGGAUCAAUCGCAAUUGGAUUGCCACCACCAGGAGAAGGAUCCUUCUCCCUCAAAAAGACUCUUAG